UACUACUUGAGAAGCAUCACAGCUUCGCUAUCUUCGCUUCAACUUCUCCAUCGGCAAAAAUCUACCCGGUUUUGAGAAUGUCGAGAAUGAUUUUUGUCGAUGACAGUGGUGCUGGCUUCUCGCCGCGGGUGCCCACCGUUCAAGCACCCCUCGUUCACGCACUCCGCGUAUUUGCGUACCCCGAAAUAGCCGUACCUUCCCUGCUCCAUGAGACGGGCCGGUGGACGAGGAUGAGGACUUGGAAGAGGUGGACCAGUAGGGAGUUGGGGCGAGGGAGUGGGAACGGAGCGUGUAUACCGCAAAACCAGUUCGCUGAAAUGAAAUUUUAUAGUCCGGCGUCAUGGAGCGGGAGGGGCACCCGCGUCACCGAACAUACGUGGGAGCUGGUAUACAUCGGGCGCCCGACCCCUUGACUACGCUCCUGCCAGGACAAAUGCCUCGACUGCGUGGAUCACUCCGUGAGUCUCUUUGAAUAUCGCAAUAGGAACCAUCAUCAUCCAUGAGAUCUUAUUAUGAUAUUUUUUUGAAAAUAUAAUUAUAUCCAACUAUCUUUUAUCAUAAGUUCAACCUUUUUGAGAUGAUAAGUCGAGGACAAUGUGAUGCAAGAUAAAACAAUGAGCAAAAAUUGUAAAUUUUUAGAUAUUUCGGA